AUGUCUCAGAUUCCAGCUCUCGAGACAUUAUCGUUUGACUCGAAUAAGCCGGAACACCGGCUUGCAUUUGCCGUUGGUACAGCCUUACUAGCAUAUGGCAUUUAUACAAUCGUCGCUGCUCUCACAUCUCCCCUUCGAGCUAUACCCGGCCCGUUUUGGGCACGAUUUACUCGUCUCUGGUAUCUCAAAGAAGUCUGGACACACAAGGCCCAUCGCACGAAUCUCGAGUUACAUAAAAAUCAUGGCCCUAUCGUCCGUAUCGCACCAAAUGAGUAUUCAUUGGACGAUCCUGCAGCUUGCAAAAUACUGUAUGGCCAUGGCACGGAUUUCCAAAAAGGUCCCUGGUAUCAAGGUUCUGCCAAUGGUGCCGGCGACUACAAGGAGAAUACAUUCUCAGAGAGAGAUCCGAAGAAGCAUGCAGCCAUGAGACGAAAGGGUGCAUCAUUAUACACCAUGUCUUCACUUCUGAAAAUGGAACCGGCAGUUGAUGAGUGUAUUCACUUUGUUCAAAAACAUUUCGGUUCGAUUUCACAGAACAGACAGGCAGUCAACCUGCAGUGGUGGAUGCAGUGUUACGCUUUUGAUGUCAUUGGAAAUAUCACGGUUGAUAAAAGAUUCGGGUUUCUCGACAAUGGGACGGAUCCAUUUGGUCUCAUCAAGAGUUUACACCACUUCCUCGCAUACUCGGCUCGUAUCGGCGUCAUACCCGAACUACAUGAUAUGUGCUUGAAGAUUAUGCAGCUUGGACCAACAAAUGGAUUUGCUGCCGUUGCUGCAUUCACGGUGAAACAAGUUAAAGACUACCUGGCGAGAUCCGAAGUCGAGGGUGACUUGAUGGACACUGGAACUUUUAUGGCCAGAUUGAUGAAACUCCACCAAGAGAAACCGGAUGUGAUGAGCGAAACAGACGCCUUGAACGUUUGCCUAGGCAAUGUCGCCGCUGGUAGUGAUACCACGAGUAUGUUUUGGGGCCUCAUGCGUAAUCCGGAAGCUUAUGCCAAACUUCGAGCUGAGAUUGACGAGAAGCACGCCAAGGGAUGCGAGGACCCUCUUUCAUUUGCCGAUGCUCAGUCCAUGCCGUACUUGCAGGCAGUCAUCAAGGAAGCCCUUAGGCUACACCCAGCCGGAUCUCUACCUCUGAGCCGGGUCGUUCCCGAUAAAGGCGCCACCAUUUCGGGUCAAUAUUUCCCAAAAGGUACUAUCGUCGGAAUCAACCCAUGGGUUGCGGGUCGCAAUGCCGACGUCUUUGGUGACGACCCCGAAGCCUUUAAGCCAGAGCGCUGGCUAGUGAGUAAAGAGGAAGCACAACGUAUGGAUAACUACAUGCUUGCGUUUGGCCUGGGUUCUCGAACUUGUCUCGGGAAGAACAUUGCCCUCCUAGAGAUGAAUAAGCUUGUUCCCCAGAUUGUCCGUAACUAUGAUCUCUCGCUAGUAGAUCCCACCAUGAAGCUCGAGACGAAAAAUGUGUGGUUUGUCCAGUAG